CUCAGUUGCCUGUGUGAUGGUUGCAUGAGCGCUGAAUGGGAGUGUUGGGAUUGAACUUCACUAGAGUCUGUUCUGCACUGUGGACCAUUAAUAUGCCGUAGAAAUGCUCCUGUAGAGUCGAAUGCAUGAUCUGCUACAUGCACACUCCAGAGCUUCCAUUGCUGCAUCUUGCCCCUGCUUGUAGUAACUUGUGCUUAUGGGAUAUACUAUAACCCAUAAGCAUAAGGUAUAUCUCUACACGUGUAUAUUAAAGUGAAAAAAACCUCAGCAUGCAUGCAGACGCCCCGAGACAGUAGAGUUCAUACAUAUAUAUGAACGUUCAGGAUCGUAUACCUUUAAUGUACAAGCUUCCAGUACAAAUGGGGUUUUCCACAUUAACAGUUAUGUAAGAUCUUCGCUCAGGAGCCAUUUCAAACCCACUGAAUGAGCGUCUGUGGUUCACUCUGCAAAUCUCUUCAGAACAUUAACACAAGCAGCAGGUUUCCACUUCACUAAUUAAAAAAAAAAACUGUGUAUUUACAUUGAAUGUGAACUUAGCAGCUGCAGAGCUGCUGAGAAAUUCCAGCAGUUCUUCGACACGUUGUUUCUACAAGGAGAAUGUACACAGUCAUGCUGGGAGUUCUCCUCAUUCUGUCCCUCUCCUCCCUGGCGGAUUUGGUGCCUCCCCCGAGGUCUCCCCCUGUCCUCUGCAGGCACUGCUGUGAUGACCUGGAGCCAGCAGAGGGCAGCGGAGAGCAGCCGAACACAGCUGGGUUCAAUCACGUGCCAGAGGUCCGCACCUACAUCAACAUGACCAUCCUCAAAGGUGACAGAGGAGAACGAGGCAACAGAGGAACACCAGGUAAAGCUGGACCCGAAGGCCCUCCAGGCUCCAGGGGGCCCAUGGGCUCAGAAGGCACUAAGGGCCAGGCAGGUCUUCCAGGAGACGCCUGUAAAGUCCAGUACUCUGCCUUCUCCGUAGGCCGUCGCAAAUCCCUGCACAGCCUGGAGUCGUACCAGGCGCUGCUGUUCGACACGGUCUUUGUCAACCUCGACGGCCACUUCAACAUGUUCGAGGGCAAGUUCCUCUGCCACGUCCCAGGGAUCUACUUCUUCAACGUCAACAUCCACACAUGGAACUUCAAGGAGACGUACGUACACAUCAUGCGGAACGACAAAGAGCAGGCCAUCGUGUACGCCCAGCCCAGCGACCGCUCCAUCAUGCAGAGCCAGAGUCUGCUGCUGGAGCUGGAGCUGGACGACGAGGUGUGGGUCCGGAUGUACAAGAGGGAGAGGGAGAACGCCAUUUACAGUGACGACGUGGACGUCUACAUCACCUUCAGUGGAUACCUCAUCAAAGGGAGUGUGGAGGACUGAUGAGCGAGAGAGAAGACGAGCUGAGGAUGUGACAGUUGGGAAGAAGAACCUUUGCUUUUUGGAGAAGAAGAAGACGUCCAGCGUGCUCCACCGAACUCUCUUUGACAAAAUGUGAAGUAAACUUAAUACACUCAUUACCACAAUGGACACCACAAAGUGCUAGAAGUUUGAAAGUACUCGUACAGGGCCUGAUCUAAACCUGCCUGUUUGAAAUGGACUGUUUUCUUAAGCUACUUCAGAAUGUAGUUUUAAAAAAGUGUGCUCAUCCUGCCUGGUUUGUCUGCAAUGAAGAUUUUAUAGUCAAUGUUUUUCAUAAAAUUAAACUGAAUUUGCUUAA